CCGGUUGGAUGAGAUGAGAAUGUUUCUGGAGAACGACGCGUGGCAGCUGUGUCCUGUUCGGUCAACGUUCUCGAUCAUGCAACUUCAUGAGUUUCGUUUUCUCAGACCAGCCGUUGACAGUCGAGUAAAACUUGGAGAUCUUGCACUGAACAAAGGAGGUGAUGGCUCACCAGACUUCUUUACACGUUACGCUUACCAUGGAAAUCCAUUUGAUGAGACAACAGAAGAGGAAGAAGAAGAGAUCAUGUCAAAUGAAAUUGAUGGCAUGCUUAAUGUGGACAAGAGGCAGUCGUAUUACGAUGAAGAUGAUGACGAUGACAUAGCCGAUGAACUCAAGAAAGAUUUUGUUGAUGAACAGACGGGCGAGCAGCCAAUAUUUAGGAGGUCAUCAAAAACGUUGUCUGCACAACGAAUUGUGAGAAGACAAUCGUAUGAGAUUCGAGGACCAAUUAUUACGAAUACGACGCUUAUGAUUCUUAGAUAUUUUGGUAAAUACAUGCAAAUGAUGAAUGUAUUGAAGCCUAUAGCAUUUGACGUUCUUACUUACAUGUCACAGCUGUUUGACUUCUAUCUCUUCACAGUUUACUCAUUCUUUGCAGUAGACAGAAAUGAUGGAAAUCAUUUUGGUCUCAGUCCUCAUAUUACUAAUACGCUUGAUAGAAUAUCCGAUAGUUUGUUUAUUUCACAGGGUGUGGUGACUACUCCUUCGGAUGAUGUGAAAGUUGUUCAACCAUGCGUAUCACCACUUAUUGAUCUCUCCAAUGCCAACACCUUGUUUGGCCUCUCAGAAAGAGAAGUUGCCGUCGAGUCUCUUGUUUUUCUUGCACAGCAAUUUGAGUUUCUCCAGCCUCAUUUGGAGUCUCUAAUUCCGUCUGCAAAGAGAGCGUUUCUUGCACAGUUUUCUUCACAAACCGUUAGCAGAGCGUUUGAGUUGAGGCAACCUGUUUACAGAGGAGUUGCAGAUAGAGCUAUCAAUAUAGAUAAGAUAUUGCACAUGAUGAGUCAGGUAAAGUGGGACAUCAAGGAGAUCAUGUCGCAACACAGUCCAUACGUGGAUGUUACUGUGCAGGAAAUGACGUUAUUCAAAGAAAGGCUACAAGCGGCUGAAAGGCGUGUCCCGAUUCCUCAAACAGCCACCGACAUGAUGUGGAGACACUGUAUACGACUAGUCAAUCGAAUGUUUGUUGAAGGAUUUUCAUCUGCCAAGAAAUGUAGCAAUGAAGGUAGAGCAUUGAUGCAACUCGAUUUUCAACAGUUUCUUGUAAAGCUCGAGACUCUUACUAAUAUUCGACCGAUUCCUGACAAGCAGCAUGUUGAGACGUACGUGAAGGCGUAUUACAUUGGUGAGAAUGACUUGGAGCAAUGGUUAAGAAAUCACAAGGAAUAUUCAACUAAACAGCUGCAGAGUCUAGUUACUAGUGGCAUUGGUGCUCAUCUUAGUAAGAAGAGCAAACAACGACUUCUAUCUGUUGUUGAUGAAAUUGAAAAGUUGAAGCGAUAGCAGUGACGGUCAUCACGAGAAUAGACAGUGAAGUUAUUUUGUGAUUUUGCAAAAUGCAUUGUGCACAGGUAUGCAUAUUGUUAGGGUGUUGUGAUAAAUGAUAAGUUUGUAGUGAUGCUCUCAAUAAAGUCUAAGUCUAUUAUUGG